UUUGGCUCUAGAAUUCAGAGAAUAUUAUUCCUAUGUUUCAGUCAAUUUAUAAAAGAUUUACCUGUGGCCGAUAUUGUUAAAUUCCAUUGACCAAAAUUCAAGAUUGUUCGUAAAUAUCAAGAAACCAGAUACGGGACAUAGACGUUGGAAGUAUUCACAAAUGCAGGGUCUCGAUAUUUUCCACAUAAAACUUGUAUUGAUUACAGGGUUCCUCAUUGGCGUCUCUUCCUGUCUCAAGAUUGGAGAAACUUGUUCUUCUUCGAAUGAUAACUGCGAUGCCGGAUUAACCUGUGGAACUUGCCCUGCAAAUGACAACACCCGACCACGAUGCACUCGCAUCCACCCCAUAAUUCCCACUACUAAGGUAAACGGGUUGCCGUUUAAUAAGUAUUCAUGGCUGACGACUCACAAUUCGUUCGCUCGGACCGGGUCAAACUCUGGUACCGGGUCUGUUCUUCUCGGUCCGGCCAAUCAGGAAGAUUCCGUCACCGAUCAGCUCAACAAUGGUGUUCGAGGGCUUAUGCUCGAUAUGUAUGACUUCAACAAUGACAUUUGGUUAUGUCAUUCAUUUAAUGGGAGGUGUCUUAAUGUAACCGCGUUUGAACCUGCUAUUAAUGUGCUGAAGGAAAUUCAGAUUUUUCUUGAAAAUAACCCGAGUGAAGUUAUCACCAUCUUCAUUGAGGACUAUGUGACUUCGCCACAGGGCUUGUCAAAAGUUUUCAAUGCAUCUGGGCUGAAUAAAUACUGGUUUCCAGUGGCUCAAAUGCCUAAAGCUGGUGAAGAUUGGCCCACAGUGGAUGAUAUGGUCCAGAGGAAUCAACGUUUGGUAGUGUUCACCUCUAAAUCAUCCAAGGAGGCUUCUGAAGGAAUUGCUUACGAGUGGAAAUACGUGGUGGAAAGUCAAUAUGGAAAUGAAGGGAUGAUUGCCGGUUCGUGUCGAAACCGUGCAGAAUCAUCUCCCAUGAGCACAUCAUCAAUUUCUCUGGUUCUUCAAAAUUAUUUUACUACAAAUCCCAAUGUAACAGAAGCUUGUGUCGACAAUUCUGCACAGCUAAUUAGUAUGAUGAAUACUUGUCAUGAAGCAGCGGGCAACCGUUGGCCAAAUUUCAUAGCAGUUGACUUUUACCGGAGGAGUGACGGAGGGGGAGCCUCAGAAGCUGUUGAUGAAGCCAAUGGACAUUUGACCUGUGGCUGUGACAGCAUUGCCUAUUGCAAGGCAAAUGCGACAUUCGGAACAUGUGACGUCCCUGCACUUUCUCCUCCGCCACCAGCAAAAUUAUCACCUGCAGGAACGUCACCAGAACCCAGCAGCAAUUCUUUGAUAAGCAAACCACUCCACCCUUAUUACUUCCUUUUGAUAAUAUCAACUGUUGUUCUCCAGCUGUGCCAUUAAUUGCUAAUUGUUUGGGGAAAGUUGCUUUCCCAUGUUGGGCAAUCCUUUUGUUUGUAUCUAAUCAUUAAUGAGGGAUCAAAGGGCAAUUUUUUUUUAUUUUUUUAAGAGUGACGUCUCUGUGGUGACGGAUUUAUCAGUGCCAACUUAUCUUACCUUGUGACCUUCCACUAGAGUUGCAUAGGAAUACAAAUUCAGUUAUGCCAUUGCAAGACAACAUUGUCACUGUAACUAUUUCUAUUGAAACUUCUAAAUGAAAUUCUGAACCUCAAUAUGAAACUACAAUGUUUGAGCUUUAA